UGCAUUGUGAUAGCGACAGAUGUCCAGAGAACUGCYAGGGGCACUCCUCGGUUACAACACACUGCACGUCUGAGAGCAGGGCCGGAAUCUGCAGCUGUCACUCCAAAGGGCUUUUACCUCCAUUAUCACAUCCACCCGCAGUCUGGGAAUAAGGCACCAAGACAUUUGUCUAUAAAAGGAGCCARCAUGGGAGCCAAGCUGAGCAAAAAGAAGAAAGGAUACGAUGUUAGUGAUCCCAAAAGCAAAAACGGCGAGGCCGCAGUAACAGAAGUUGCUAAAGUGGAGGACGGAGCCCCGUCCACAGGAGCCGAGACGACGCCUGGGAAAGACAGUGUGGUUGAGGAGGCCAUUGUGUCAGCCGUGGCAGCAGUAGCCGAAYGCGCUGCAGCUCCAGAAGAGCCAAAAUCCCCCCCGACGGACGAGAAAGCUCUUGRGGCUAAAGAGGAGGCUACCCCGGAACAGAAACCAGCAGCCGAGGAAUCUGCACCGGCAGCGACGGAACAAGCUACCGCAGCAGAACAACCGGCUCCUGCUGAAAAGGAAGCAGAUGCAGAGAAAGCACCAGGAGAUCCCAAAUCUGCUCCCCCAGAAGAACUCGCAGCCUCAGUGGAAGUUGUUCUGGAACAAAAAUCAGCAGCUCCAGUCGAGGACGCACCAGCUGCAGAACCAAAUAAACCAUCACCCACAGAAGAACCAGCUGCACCGACAGAAACAGCGGCUCCAGCAGAACCAGAGAAGCCGGAACCCAAAACAGAGGAGCCGAUUGUAGAUUUGUUAGUGGCCACGGCAAUCACAGAAAACUCAUCUGCUCCAGRGUCAGAAGAACCGGUGCAAGUUGAGGCUGAACCCGAGUCUGCAGUUAUACCCGAGGAGCCUCGUGUCGAAGAACCUCCCGCACCCGUAGAAUCUGUGCUGGAACCAGAUGUUGUUCUUGCCAGCACAGAGGCACCACUCAAGGAUCAGGAGCCAGAACCCAUCCAGGAGCCUUUUACCGAGGUAGAAGCCGCAGUGGAAGAACAAGUUGUCCCAGAACCAGAGGCUGAGCCAGCAGGAGAGCCACGAAUGGAAUCAGACACCAAACCAGAGCCCAACGAUGCAAGUCAGGAAACUGUGGUGGUACCAGAAGAAAAAGUAGAACCAGAGCAAGAGACGGAACCAGAUCAAGCAGAGCCAGAGUCUAUGGAGGCACCUGAGCCUGAACCUGAACCAGAGCAAUCCCCAAUACCAGAGGUAGAACAGUCACCAGAGCCGAAACAAGUAGAAGAACCCAAACCACAACCGACUGUUUCUGCAUCUGACACUACCGACCCUGAUAGUCCUGAACCAGAACCAUCAGAUGUCCUGGAGGCUUCAGCUCAGAAUGUCUCCUUGGAAAAUCAUCCUGCGAAUGAGGAACCACCAUUACCAACAGAAGCAGCAGAACCCGCCCCUGAAAUCAUCAUCUCGCAGUCCGUUUCCACCAGCAGCAUGACUGUUGAGUCCGACAAGGCAGCUUUGGAAGAGCUAACYUGCCCCGAAAACUUGGAAAAUGGUGAUUCAGGGAGCCCGUCUACCCCAGAGAAUCCAGCAGACGCAGUUCCAGCAGUGAACGGGAACUGCACRGAUAAUACCAACGCUUUGGCCGCACACGAGGAGGAAUGUGUUAACGGGAACGAAGAGCUUGAGGAGACGCCUGUUAAAGAGCAGAGUGAGUUUGAACUGAAAAAGGACCUGUGUGGGGAUGUCCAGGAAGUCCCCGAUGCAGUCRCAGACAUGACGGAGGGUCUCAUCACUGAGGUCACCCAGGCAGUCUGAAAAAAAAAAGCAGAAAAAAGCCAUCCUUUACAUCACUGUGAAUUCAGUUCUGAUCCUCGAUGAUGAAAGAAAGCCUCCUUUCUGACAAGCUUUAACCACUGCACUGUCUUCUGUGGUGACUCGGGACGCGUUCCUUGGAGUAACCAGAAACGACACAACCACUUGAGGAUAAAAACUGACAGACAGAGGCGGGAAGUAAAUGAGAUUAAAGAAACGGAAAGAGACUUGAGAUGGUCAUUUUAAUCCAGGCAGAUAUUUAUGCUGGACAGCUCGUAAAAAAAUAAUAAAAAAAAUAAAAAACAUGUUACUAAGUAAUGAAUGAAUAAAUCUGUGUGUUUUAGGCUGGUUAAUACCACAAACUUUGUUAUUGGACAAAAAUUCACCAUUAGCAUAUUAUUGGACAUAGGGCUCCAUUUAUUCUUUCUGUUGUYUGAAGCAACAUGACUUAAAUGUUUUGCUUUUUAUAAUAUUGGUACCUGUAAGACCUGAUCAUUUUGAAUUGAUUGUUCAGAAUAGAAAAUAAUAAAAAAUGUUCUUGUCCAAGUGA